UCUUUCUCUGCUCCGGGCUGCGCUUUCGCGGAGAGUUCGUCGCCUUCUCCCGCCCCGCCGCCGGGCUCCGGCCGAGCAUGGAGAAGUACGAGGAGGACAUGGCCCUGAAGGCCACCAAGUUCAUGGAGGACCUGUCCCUCUACGAGCCCUGCCCGGAGGGUCCGUACGGCCGGGGCGGCCGCCGGGACCUGGCGUUGCACCCCGACCUGGAGGAGACCAAGCGGGUCAUCGCCGCCCACAUGACGGCGGAGCAGCGGGGCCGGAAGAUGAACGGCACCGCCGCGCCGCCGCCGCCCGCCGAAGGCUUCCCCGCCGCCGCCCCCUGUGGCAAAGCCGCCCCGCUCCGCGCCAACGGCCGCGCCGCCGCCGAGCCGCUCCCGGGCGCGGGGCCGCCGUGCUGCGAGGAGGGGCUGUGCACCCGCUCCGAGGUGGCGCUGCCCUGCUACAGCGGCUUUGCCGACAAGGGCAAGCGCUACUCGGCCGAGGGCUACCGCUACGCCGCGGGCAGCGCCUACGAGGGCGGCUACGUGGCCAAGGGCGGCGGGCGGGCGCCCGGCGGCCCGGACGGCAAGUUCGGCGCCGCCAGCCCCCGGGCCAGCCUGGCCUCUGCCUCGCCGGGCCCCUCCGCCGAGCACGGCAAGUUCUCCAGCCCGCGCUCCAGCCUGGGCGGCGCGGCCGCGCUGUCCUACGAGAAGUUUUCCAGCCCYCGCUCCAGCCUAGUGGUGCCCGGGCAGGACAAGUACGGCAGCCCCCGCGCCAGCCUGGUGCAGUACGACGGAGCCGCCCUCAGYCCCCGCUCCAGCUACGCCAGCACGGCCAGCGACACCAGCAAACACUCCAGCCCCCGCGCCAGCCUCACCGGCUACGACGGCGGCGGCAGCAAGCCCAGCAGCAACCGCACCAGCGGCAUCAGCAUGGGCUACGAUCAGCGCCACGCCAGCCCCCGCUCCAGCACUGCCAGCCAGUACUCCUGCACCGCCAGCCCCCGCUCCAGCUACUCGGACUCCAGGUACGGCCCUCCGGGCAGCGCCGAGCCCGAGGGGGCGGGCGGCGCCGGACUCGCCCUGGCCAGUCCCCGCUCCAGCCUCUGCGGCCCCGAGGGCCGCGGCUCGGCCGGCCCCGCCGUAGUCAGCCCCCGCUCCAGUAUCUCCAGCCAGAGCUCGCGGAGCUCCCGCGGCUCCAUGAGCGCCUACCCCGAGCUGCAGCUGCCGUCGCCACGCUCGUCCCUGCUGGGGCCUGGCCUGCAGGAGGACGGUGCCGUGCCCGAGCUGGGGGACGUGUACCACCGGAUCCUCGCCCAGUCCCCGCCGCGGCACGACCAGCAGCACCCGGCCGGCGCCCCCGAGCCGCCGCCCCCCUACGCCUACAGCCCGACCAAAGGCUCCACUCCGGCUCCCAAAUUCAAGCUCCCCUACCAGGUGACGCCGUGCCGGGAGAGCGGCCCCAGCCAGGCGGAGAGACGGCUGGAGGCGCUGACGCUGGAGCUGGAGAAGGAGCUGGAGAUGCACAUGAAAAAGGAGUACUUCGGUAUUUGUAUAAAAUGUGGAAAAGGUGUGUAUGGAGCGAGCCAGGCUUGCCAAGCAAUGGGUAACCUCUAYCAUACCAACUGCUUCACGUGCUGCUCUUGUGGGAGAAGACURCGAGGAAAAGCAUUUUACAAUGUCAAUGGCAAGGUGUACUGUGAAGAAGACUUCCUAUAUUCAGGUUUUCAGCAAACAGCAGACAAGUGCUUUGUUUGUGGACACCUCAUAAUGGAAAUGAUCCUACAGGCCCUUGGAAAGUCCUACCAUCCUGGCUGCUUCCGUUGCGUGGUGUGUAACGAGUGUUUGGAUGGAGUCCCCUUCACUGUAGAUGUGGAGAACAAUAUUUAUUGUGUCAAAGACUACCAUACGGUUUUUGCACCAAAAUGUGCUUCCUGUAACCAGCCGAUCCUCCCAGCACAGGGCUCUGAGGAGACCAUCCGAGUGGUGUCCAUGGACAAGGACUACCACGUGGAGUGCUACCACUGCGAGGACUGUGGCCUGCAGCUCAAUGAUGAGGAAGGCCAUCGUUGUUACCCCCUAGAGGGYCACUUGCUCUGCCACAGCUGUCAUAUCAGGCGCCUUAAUAUCAAAUUGCCAUCACAUCCACCUCCAAGUUACCCCAUGCAUGUCACAGAACUCUGAAAAGCAUUUCUGUCAUCAAGAAGCCAUUUGAAAGAGAAGACGAAAUUCUAAAUUACUUUUGUGUUCCUUUACAGAUGAGGUUCCAGUAAGAACCAUCUAAACCAGCUAUUUAUUUUUUUGAAUCAGAGAUGGGGGUUCCUUUUCUGAUCUUGUACAUAUGCAUUCUUUUAUCUAGACAUUUUCACUGAGACACCGUCUACUUGAACAAAUAUUUCACCAUUUAACUGUAACUGUAAAUGGCAGCAUUUCUAAAAACAAUGGUACAAAGGGUUGUUCUGCACUCUCUACUCACUUCUUUCAGUGGGGAUUUCACCCAAGUAAGGAGUGUAGAAUUACUUUCCAAAACCUAGCACCUUAUCAUAUUGAAGCAAGCAUGAUAAGAUAAAUGCUAGAAUUUUAGCUAGUCUUGUUGAAUUCUGGUCUUAGRUAAUACUUAGAUUCCAGAAGUAGGGAAUAGGCAGCAAGCAGGUGUUUCACCAGGCCAGUUUUCAGCCAGGUUAAAGAAGGGAGUUCCAUGAAGAAGCAUCAGGCCAGCUCUCCAUCCUACAGGGUUUCCACAGUCAUCCAAAGACUAAUUAUUUACCUUGUUCAAGAAAUGUGCUAAGCAUUUCAUGUAAAACCCACGGUACAGAGGAUUGUAUCCAAAAGAUUGGCACAUGCAGGGUCAGCAGUUGUAACGCAGGGUCAGCCCGCUGGUAACUGCUGGCUGUGUAGCCAUGGCUUCAAAACGCAUUCCUAUCAACUGGACCAUUUGGCACUUACUAAAGAAUUCAUAUUUCAAACCUGGUUUUUGUUUAAUAGGGUUCUAUGCAAAGGUACACUUGUCUUCAUACUGCUCGUUUUAUCUGCGACUUUUUUUGUUCCCAACUGCUUUAUGAUUGUAUGUUGAGACAAUAUUAAAGAGAGGCGCAGUGGUUUGGUAUUACCUUUUCAGCUUUGUGUUCUUUUCGAGAUUACUUCUGAACUGAUUAUGUGAUUGUCUUCAUUGGAAAAAAAAAGUGCAGUUUAGCAGGAAUAAUAAUUUAGAGUCAGACCAUUGAAACAUUGGUAUUUACAAGUAUUAGCUGUACACAGAAUGUACACACUUUCUUCUUUUGCAUAAGCUUUUACAGUACCCUCAGACCUCUGGGGAGAAAUAUAUGUCUUCCGUAUAGGAAGUGAGAUGAAUCUUUUUAUAUGGYUUGUUUUCUACCAUGUGCUGAUGUUUUACAUGCAAAUCACACAUCUGUAYGUCAAAAAAAUUCCUUGCAUUCUCAUGAGAAUUGGUCCAGCCUUUAGGAAGCUGCAAUUUAUCAUUGCUGUCUUUAACUGUAUUCAAAGUUACAAUAAAAUAAAGUUCUUCAGCCCCAGAGGAAGUGGAAAUGCCAGGUCAGAUUCUGGCAUGUGUAAAUUGGGAUAUUUCCAUGCCAGUUGUCAGCACUUGAGAAUCUGCCGGAUCAGUUCAGAAAUGAUCCCGUGUUAAAUUCAGCAAGAAGACUGAUGAAAUKACUUAUUUGGCAACACCAUUGCAGUUACAUUUCUUAUGCUUCAUUAACUUUUUGAAAACCAUUUGUGGUGCUCCAAUGGCMACUAAUUCCUAAGUGGAAUAAUUAACUCCCUUUAAAGAACUUCUCGAUAGUCUGGAAUUUCCUUAUGGGAAAAGGUGGGGGGGCAGGGGAACAGGAAAAAUUCCUGAGAACUAUUUUUUUCUGUUAGUAAGGAACAAAAGGGACGCUUCUGAACUUCUGCCAGAGUUCCAUUGGCCUAGAUUACCCUGUCCUACUGAAUGCUCCUGGGCAAAGUCAUUUUGUAGUUAAUAUAUAUCAGUUUAUGAUUAACGUUCAAUGCGAGUGCCAGGAUUUGGAGGAACUACAGUGCAAUCUGUGCCCCAUUGCUCCACCGUGGUCCAAGAGGCCUUGGACUGCAAAUGAGAGGCCAGGAGUGCACGUGCACCUCUGUGUUUGAAGCCACUCCGUGUCCACAGCCAGCAGCCCAGACUCAGGAGGAAGUGGCACUACAUGUGCUAGGAAAUGUUGGAGAAAGGAGAAAAAACUGUCUUGAACUGGAUUGCAUGGCUGGGUCAAUUCCUUCAAGUUAUUGCAAACAUGAAAGCUUCCAGAGCUUCAGGAUAAACUUUUAGCAUCAGCUGUGACAAAAUGCUUUUUCCAUUGCAGGAGGGUGCUUUGGACYACAUUUAGCUUUGAGGCAUUUUCAUUUGAUUGUCUUUACAAUAUAUAUUAAAGAACCCAAAUUAAAAAAAAUUAUCAUUAACAUACAGAGAGAACAUUUGGGUCUGUUCCUAGGAGCAGCUCAUCCUGUAACAGUUACGUGCURUACUGAAAAAAUGCUUUGCUCUGCCAGCAGAGAAGCAAAACCUUUACACUGAGAGUGGACAGAGCUCUAGGUGUCUAACUCUGACUUUCACCCCAGUCCUCUGACAGCACCUUCCUGAGCAMUUUGUUUCCACCAGGGGCAAGUUUAAGUUUCCAGACCUUCUUUUAUUUUUUUUUAGAUGUUCAUCGUGUAGAACAGAAUAAUAUUUAAUUUCAUUUUACAUGCUGAUUUGUCUCGUAGCUCUACACAGUUCUGAUUGUUAAGUGUCAUCAUGGUAAAAGUUCUGAAAAGGUAGUGUUUCAWUAUAGAAUAAGCAAAUUGUUUAAAACCAGAAAGCAGCAGUUGUUGUUCCAGUAUUUUCUAUAGACAGAUGCAUUCCAUUAUGUAUUACAAAGUACAGCUUUGCUUUUCCAGCAUUUACUAUAAAAGCUGGGGCUUGAGAGAUAUUUGCCAGGUUUGGUUGGGUUUUUUCCCAAAUCAAAGAGAAAAAUAAAAUCAAACCUGAAAUAAUGAUGGGCGGUACUCUUUAGUGUGAGUGACAGUUUUAUGAUGAUGUCAUUUUAAAAUGACAGCACAUUUUACCUCCUGCCUGGGGAAUUAUGUAAAUGAAAAAGCUUUUUUAACUUAAAUUAUUUUCUUCUGGAAUAUCCUUAUGUUAAAUCAGUUCAACACAGAUAUGAACUUCCUAAGUUCAUCUUACAGUUUGAUUGUUCUUCAGGUGCCUUUAGUGUACUUUCAGAAUAUUUCCAAAAAGUUACACCAAUAGCAACCUGUUCUCAUUUGCAUCAGAACGACAUCUUUCCAUGCUGGUGGGGAAUCUUCCUGAGCCCCUGCAACACAAAGGUGCUGUGGGCUGUGCAGAGUAUCUCAUCCACGGGAGGACGUGUUCCAAAGAAAGGACCAAAAUAAUCACUUGAAAACAAAAGAAUGCACUCAGAUAAUUGAGAGGGUUUGUUUGGGUUUCUUUCCUUUUCCUUUCACUUCUGUGCACGUGUGUGUAUAUAUUUUGUAAGGUGGAGCUUCAAAAGGAAAACAUGGUUAGAGGAGCUCUUUAAGAACAGAAAUUCCAGAGUAGAAAAGUAAACCAAAGCUCUAAAGGAGACAAAAGCUGCUUUCUUGUGUUUCAAGAAAAGUUUAAAAGUUUGUGAUUCAUCCUGUAACUAAUGCCGUAACUAGAGUAUAUAAUUUGACUUAAAUUAAGUUUUCAUUUGAGAAAUAUUUUCAUUUUCUUUAAAAGAAUAUAGUUUUCUUCCAAGAACUUGGACCAACGUUGAUUUUUAUUUUGUAGGAAAUACAUGAAUUCCCAGUAUGUAUAUCAUGUAACUAGUUUACAUGCUGAAAAUAUACAUUAGUUAACUAUUUUUGUAUAUAUAUAUCCUUGUAAAACCUUUCAAUGUGCUUCUGUCUUUUAGUCUUUAGAAUUACUUGUGGUUUUGUGUUUCAGUGUUUGAUUCCCUUGAUUGUUGAAGAAAAAAAAUGGGAAAUGUAGAUUUAUUUAUCUAAAGAAGAAGCUACUUGCUAUCAUCUUAAGUUAUUUAAUAUUAAAGUCAGAAGUUUCAUUUAACCUUAGAUGCUAUAAUCUGCUUUUUUCAAUAAAGACAUUUUG